UCUUGGAAAACAUUGAACUUCUUAGUACAGUUGCAAACGAACCCUCCCCUUCCUGAGCUGACCUAUCAUAGAUUAAACAUUUUAUGUGUUGUACAGGGUGGAGAAAAGUUACUCAUGUAUCUCUCAGAGCCAGACCAAUCAAGGAGAGAAGUCAUUUAUAGAAGAGCUUGGACACAUUCUAAGCAGGGAUCUUGGAAUACAUGGCGACUGCUGGGAAGGUGAUUAAAUGUAAAGCUGCAGUCAUCUGGGAACCAGACAAAGCAUUUUCAAUUGAAGAGGUAGAAGUAGCACCACCAAAGAGCCAUGAAAUUCGAGUGAAGAUGGUAGCCACUGGGAUCUGUCGGACCGAUGAUCAUGUAUGGAAAGGGGUUUUUCCAAACAUAGACUACCCUGUUAUUGGGGGCCAUGAAGGAGCAGGCAUCGUUGAAAGUAUUGGACCAGAAGUCACUUGUGUAAAACCAGGUGACAAGGUCAUUCCUCUCUGUGUUCCUCAAUGCGGACAAUGUGACUGCUGCUUGAGUCCAAAAGCCAACUGCUGUCUCAAAUCCCACAUUUAUAAAGCUUUUCAAAGUCUGAUGCCAGAUGGAACCAGCAGGUUCACCUGCCGGGGGAAACAGAUUCAUCACUUCCUGUGGAUAAGCACCUUUUCCGAGUACACGGUGAUGCCUGAGGCAUCUAUUGUAAGAAUUGAUGAUGAUGCUCCUCUGGAUAAAGUUUGCCUCUUUGGCUGUGGCUUUUCAACUGGCUAUGGGGCUGCCAUCAAUUGUGCCAAGGUUGAGCCUGGUUCUUCCUGUGCCAUCUUUGGCUUAGGAGGUGUUGGUUUGUCUGUGAUCAUGGGUUGUAAAGCAGCUGGAGCAUCCAGGAUUAUUGGGAUUGACAUCAACAAGGAUAAAUUUAUGAAGGCCAAAGAAUUAGGAGCCACUGAGUGCAUCUGCCCCCAGGAUUUUGAGAAGCCGAUUCACGAGGUGCUCGUGCAGAAGACUGGUCUUGGUGUGGACUAUACAUUUGAAGUGAUUGGACGCAUUGACACAGAAGUCAGUGCCCUUGCAUCGUCCCACCUGGGCCAUGGGAUUUGUGUAUUGGUGGGGGCACCUCCUGCAAAAUCACAGCUCUCUUUUGACCCUGCUCUCCUGCUCACAGGAAGGAAACUAUUAGGCUGUCUGAUUGGAGGUUGGAAAUUAAAAGAUGCUCUCCCUAAACUUGUUUUGGAUUAUAUGAAACAUAAAUUUAAUACAGAUGCAUUAAUAUCUCAUGUAUUGCCUUUUGAGAAGAUCAGUGAAGGAUUUGAGCUUUUACUUUCUGGAAAAAGCAUUCGCUGCGUUUUGCUGUUUUAAAACUACAAAUUUAACCUAUCUCACAGUCUCCUUUGCAGUUUUGUGCAGUUUUAAUAGCAUCUCAUUUAAUACUGUACAACCAUGUAAUCUGUGCUGAAAACAUUUAUAAUCAAUUACAUUGGUAAACAAAUAUGAAAAGCCACUUAAUUUAUAAGUUGUUGUGGAAAAAUGCUUUUGAUAUGCUAUUAAGGCCAGCUGAUCCUCGCAUCAUCAUUACAGAGAUCCAUCCGUGUUUCCACAGCAUGCAAGAUAUGUUUACCGUUUGGCCAGAUUCAAUGAAAAAGCAAACAUGGAAUCUUGGAUCUUGGAUUGAAAUGUCCUAUUGUGUCAAACAAAUGGAAAAGUUACUUGUGUUACGUUGCAAUAAUAAAUUGAAUCAACUAUAA